AUGGCCAUCAGCGCCGACAGCCCCAAUCCCCCUGCGGCUGCCAGCAGCAGCGCCGGCAAGCCGCCAGUCCUCAUCAUUGGCGCAGGCGUCAGCGGCCUGCUGCUCGCCCAGCAUCUCAAACGUGAAGGCGUGCCCUUCCGCGUCUUCGAGCGCGAUGGCGAUUUGGCGACCCGUGGCGCUGGCUGGGGUCUGACGUUGCACUGGUCGCUGGCAGCGCUGCAGAGCCUGUUGCCGGCAGGCCUGGCCGAGCGCAUCUGCGACGAGUCCAGCGUCGACCGUUGGGCGGAUCGGCGAGGCGAGCUGUCGAGAUUUCCCUUCUUUAAUCUGGAGAGUGGAGAGCUGAAGACGCAGACGCCUGGAGCGGUGAAGAGUGCGCGGUGGGGGAGAUCUCUCCGCGAAUUCACAACCAACAACGACGGCACCGUCAACGCCAUCUUCGACGACGGCGCAUCAUGCACCGGCACGCUGUUGGUGGCGUGCGAUGGAGGCCAGUCCCGUGUGCGCCGUGUCUUGUUCCCGGACGAGUCCAAGCUCACGAUGCAGCUGCCUGUGCGAACGAUGGGCGUUAAGAUCUCAUUAACGGCGGAGCAGAUCGAGCCAAUCCGCAAACUAGAUCUCUUCUUCCUCCAGGGCGGAUCACCUCAGAACAAUUCGUUCAUGUACAUCAGCGUCCUUGAUAGUCCCGGAAACCAGACCGACAGCAACCCGGAUGUCUUCCUCUGCCAAAUGCAUCUGUCGUGGCCGUACCACCCGAGCUGUGGAGCCCUGAUCGAUGUGCCGGCGACCAACGAAGAGCGGUACGAGCUGGUGGUCUCCUUCGCAAAGACUUGGGCCGAGCCUUUCCGCUCUUUCGCCCUCAACAACGUACAUCCAGAUACUCCCAUUAAGCGGCUGGAUGUACUGGAUUGGGCGCCGCCCAUUGGACUGCGUUCAAAGGGCCAGGCAGUGCUGAUGGGCGAUGCAUUUCAUCUUAUGUCCAUGUACCGCGGUGAGGGCGCAAAUCACGCCAUUGUCGAUGUCCUCGACUUCGCGACACACGUCGUUCCAAUGCUGGCGCCUUUCUCGCUACAACACGCCCAUCAGGGUGCAACACAGGCCCAAGAUCCCGCGCAGGCUCUGCGCCAGGCGCUAGAUCGCUAUGAAGACGCCGUCGUCUCCCGUUCGCGGCCAGGGGUUCUGGCCUCGCGCAGGGCGUGUUUAGACGCGCACGCUUAUUCUAGGCUUUUUGGAGAGGGAGCUGCGGCUGGCGGCAUCAGCCCACUACUGAGCAAGCGCGAGAUGGCGCUCCAAUUCGACGAUGAGUCGAUGGAGCUGAUGGGCCAGUAG